CCGUACUCGUUGCUCAUUUCGCCGCUCGGUCGCCGACGGGUGGUGGGCGUUUUUUUCGGCGGAAAUACUCACUCGCGGCACAGCAGCCCGAUCGAAGAUAGUGGUACCGAUCCUCCGCCUCGAUCACCCUCGCGCCGUUCAUUCCGGAAAAGGAGAACGCAGCAGCCAAGACCACGUACGAUGGCAUCCGCCACGACCGCGUGUGUUGUCUUUGUGGUGCUGUUUCAUCUUGCAGCAUGCCAGCAGCAGGGUUCCGUUCCGUACCUGCCUUCGGACUUCAGAAUGAACGUGAUGUUCAAGUCCUGGUUCGAUGACAAGCUCUACUCCUUCACGGUGGCCUACACCCGCCAGGGCCAGGGCCUGGGCAACCGCCUGUACGUGUCCCGGAUGUCGCAGGGCAUCAGCUACAUCAAGCUGUACGACUUCGACAACGACGCCCUCUACGUGGCCGACGGGGCAACGAGGCAGUGCCAGGUGACCAAGGGCAUUCCGGACUCCGAGAAGGACGACCCCUACUUCCCGGUGGCGUUCCGUGCAGCCGCCAGAGGAGGCAAGGUGUUCGACCAGCCCUCCUCGCUGAUACGCUUCGCGGGAGGUGACCAGAAACGGACGCAAGGAACACCCAUCGAUGCGGACGAGUUCAGGACGAACGUCACUGUCAAAUUCCAAGGGACGAGCUACCUAUGCACCACCACUAUCGUCUGGAGCAAGAACGGUGCCGUCACUCCGAAGUGCGACAACAAGGUUGCCAACAAAGGCUUUUGCCCUCCCGUGCCAUUGGAUGCCCUUGUGACGUGUGCCGAGGACAAGGCCAUUCGCUACACCUUCGCCGACUACGAGGAGAACCUUGACUACACCAUCUUCGAGGAACCCGUCGGAUUCUUUUGCGCCGGAGCCGAGAGGGCGCAGCUUCCCGAACUUCCACGGGUGUUCUCGUUCUCGGCCGAGACCAAGGUGGCCGACAGCCAGGACAUCCAGAAAAGCAAGGUGUGGUGCAAUCUGCCCAGCUUCCUGGUGGCCCGGGAAACGUACAACGAGGAUGCGAACACGCCAGUCUUGAGGAGCGUCUUCGACUACGUCACGGGAAUGAAGUACUUCAUCGCUCCCGACACGGGCAAGUGCCAAGCCUCCGUGAUGGAGAAGGAAGAGUUGGAUAUCCCGGAACCGUUGUCCCUGGUCUGGGGAGCGAAACGCAACUACGCCUUUCAAAAGGCCGGAGAGAGACGCUGCCGCUCCUGGAACUGCGCCGUCUACGCCGGCAUGGACGACGCCAGUGCAGCUCCCGAGAAAGCCGUGGUGUCCAACCUGUACUACGCCUAUGAAAACGAGUUGAAAGAAGCUACGCUGCCCGUUUUCAUGGAACUCUUCGACGAAGCCAAGGGUGGUGACGUCAUCGAGAGGCGGCACAUCUUCGAGUACGAGACGGACUUGAGGGACUGGUCGCCGUUCGACACCGGGGCCUGCUUUCAUCCCCACGAAAUCAAGAUGAUCGUUCUCAGCGUACAAGGAAACUCCGACUUUGGUCCCGGCAAAGGCACCCGAGACGAUUUGGCCAAUGCGUUCAGGAUCCAGCUGAGACAGACCAUGGGCAUCGCCCAGGACAUACGACUGAGCCGCGUCUCCGUGUUUCCUCGGGGCAAUAACCGUCUCAUGGUCAUCGCACGCCUGCUGCCUGCGGCGAACACUGACCACAUUAUGGUGACGGACCCCACGGUGGACGAAGCCACCAAGAAGCUGAACGAGACGGUAAACGCGGGAAGCUUCAAGGUGUUGCUCAACGUCACUGGCUCCGACCAGAAACCCGAGUACAUCGCCACGCAGCUUACCUCUCGGUUCGUAGCCGCAGCACCCGACGCUUCGUCCAAGGGAUACUCUAGCGGAAGCAUGGCGGCGAUGGGCAUCAUGAUGCUUCUGCUGGGCGCUGCCCUCGCCGUGGGCGCGGUCUUUCUGGCAGCGCGGAAGUACCCGCGCAGCACCAUGACUACCAUACUGCUGCAACCGACGAGCACCGCCGACAACUAAAGCCCCAGCCACCGCAUUACGUCACGUCUACACCGCACGCUUAGGGCCGAUUUACGCUCGAGCCGCCCUUCGCCGCAAGCCGCACCGCACGCGUGCGGUCGCGCGAAAGAUUGCACGUAUCAAACACUUGUGCACAAAUUUCGGUUUACAAAGUGCUAAGUAUACACCGUGCACACAGUGCAAAUGGUAAUUUCUGCACAAGUGCGGGAUACGUGCAAUCUUUCGCGCGACCGCAAGCGUGCGGUGCGGCUUGCGGCGAAGGGCGGCUCGAGCGUAAAUCGGCCCUUGACGCCGUACAUACCAGAGCGCCGUGAACCAGGACCUAUCGCCGUUCACACUUGACAGUGCAAGCGGCCGUGUCGCGUGUCCGUGAACGCCGCCGCGACGCGGCUUCGCCUGGGGUGUGGACUCGGGAGAUCGUCGCAGUGCGCGAGACUCGAGAAAUAUCAUUGGUGGGCUGCCGCGUCACGUGACACACCAUGAGACUGUCGUCAUCGUCAUCAUCUGCCUAUACGCACGCUCCGUCGCACCAACUCUGUGCAGUGCAGCGUAUGGGGCUCGUAUGUACCCGUCAAGCUGCCUUGUCGGCAGCCUUUUCUUUUCACCCCUCCGUGUACAUUGAUACAUAAAUACAUUGAUUGAUUGGUUGGUUGAUUGAUUGA